CUGGUGGGCACCAGUGGGUCUGGGCAUGGGGAAUGCUCCUUGUGCAUCCCCUGGUGGCACCAGCGAGCCCUUUCUGGGAGAUCUGCUGAGUUUGGGGAUGGAGGAUCCUUUUCUGGAACUUUCCUUGUGAGUCUGGGGAGGGAGAACCCCUUUUUGGGACCCUCUUCAUGAGUGUGGGGAGUGGGGUCAACCUCCUGUGUCCCUUCCUGGCCCUGCAAUGAGUUUGGUGAGGGGGGGACUCCUUUCUAGGACCCUCCUUAUGAGUUUGGGGAGGGAAGACUCUUUUCUGGAACUCUCUUUGUGAGUUUGGGGAGUGGGAUCAACCUUCUGUGUCCCUUCCUGGCCCUGCAGUGAGUUUGGGGAGGGGAGAACUCCCUUUUGGGAUCUUCCUCAUGCGUUUGGGGCUGGGGGAGCCCUGCCUGGCACUCCCCUGCCCCUCUUCCAUGACAGAUACGCCCAGCUGGGGCUGCCCCUGGCAGGACUGGACCCAAAGGGGGUCCCACUGGACUCAGGGGCUGUGGGGGCCAUGCUGGAGCAGCAGCACAAGGUGGUGGCGUUCUGCACCCUGGGGCAGCUCCUGGCACCCCUUGUGGAGACCCUGAUCCUGCUGGACCGGCUGCUCUACCUGCGGGAGCAAGGUUUCCACUGUGCCCUCGUGCCCCUGUUCAACCCCAGGUUCUCCCCACGGAACCUGGUGCUGGUGGCUGCACGGACCCCGCUGGCCACAGCGCUGGCUGGGCUGGCCAAGGACAGUGAGGAUGGGCACAGCAGUGAGGAUGAGGAUGUGGAGGAAGCAGAGACCCCCAGGGAGGGGCAGAACCACCAAUAAACCCAGGAUUUGUACACUCCA